AUGGGACGGAAUAUCAAGCUACUCUUAAUCUUUAUCGGGACACUCCCAUCUGCGUUUGCUGCGGCCGUGAAAGACACCGGUGCCAAACAAUCUGCUUCCACCAUUCUGAGUCGUGGAAUCACCGCUCUCGGUGGUUCUGAUGCGCUGAACAAGAUUCAGGGAAUCUCAUACCACUCAAACUUGCUCAGAACCAACACUCUUGAGGAGAGUCAGGUCCCCGGUCACCCGGAUACGAACGUCAUCAUUGAGGGUUCUCAAACUGUUUCGUAUGACUUCUCGGGAAACUCCUCGGAUGUCGUGCAAAGGAUCGACAAGGAGUACACCAUAAGCGACUUCUUCUACUGGGCCAGGCCCAACCUGGAGCCUUUCAAUGUGUCUCUGGUUGUGAAAGGUGGCCAAAGCGGAUAUGCUUGCUACGUCCAGGGCAACGAUCACGCCUUGGACCCUCCUGACAGUACAUAUGGCUAUACUGACCUACACGACCCCAGCCUCAACCUCACCAUUCUCUUCGACCCUGAGACAUACCUGCCGUACGUCGUGCGCGCCUACGAGAACCACCGCUUGUUUGGUCUCUCCACCAACGACUUCGUUCUCAACAAUUACACCGCCAUUGAUGGCAUUCAGUUUCCCCAGUACAUCCACACGAUGUACAACGAGAGAAACCUUCUCGUGCAUACAAUCCGUGACGCCAUCACUAUUAAUCCUAGCUUUGCUGCUGGCUUCUUUGACGGACUCAGCCAGGAUCUAAUUGCCCAGACGGGAUCCCAGCUGAAGCCUGCUGCCGCUGAAGUAUCGACAGAAUAUGACGCGGCUGAGGUUUUCGAGAACAGCGAGAAUUUGAUCUGGUACGGCCCCUACUCAGGAUCGCUUGACGGCUUGAAUGUUACCAAGCCUGUUCCUGAACUUCCCAAUCUGUACAACCUCGCAUUCGCAGGCAGUGUCUACGCUUGCACGGUUGGAGUCUUCGACGAUGCCAUCAUUGUUACCGACGCCGCUCCCCAUCAGAGCAAGCUUGUCAUUCAGUGGAUCGAGCAGACCUUUCAUCGAAAGCCCACACAUCUCUUGCUUACUCACCACCACCAUGACCACAGCUACGGCGCACCUGAUUUUGUGGCAGCUGGUGCAGCUCUCGUUGUCCCCAAGGACUUCGAAGACUACUGGACAAAGAUUCCCAACGUCAAGUUUGCUCCUUCGCAAGAGAACAAACCCUUCAUUCACAAGGAUAAGCACAUGCAGGUUCGAGCUAUCUGGCACCCCGACUUCGACCACGCCAGUGACUGGAUGUACUUUGUGUGGACAACUGCCUGCCCUACCGACAGCUCCCCUGUCGUCGUUACUAUUGCGGAUGCUUGGUCCCCUAACUUUGAGGGCUACGAGCUUGACAACAACCUGGCUAUUGAGUACCUCAACCUCGCCGCUGAAGAUCACAUGCCUUACCAGUAUUUGGUCGUUCCUAUUCAUGGAACUCCUGCUAACAUUACCGACCUGUACGAGCUCACUGGAUAUGCUUAUCCAAAGUACAAGGUCACCGACUUCAAGGCUGGUGGCCCCCUUUGCUAG